CGUUGUUCGCGCAUUCGUGAAAAAGCUCGUCUAUCCUGAGUAAAAACAUAACCACACCAGAGUCAGGAUGGGGAUUUUGCAACACAAACCUAGGAGUUUUGUGAGUCACGCAUGACAAGUUGAACUAUGCAGUGUAGUGCAGGUUAGCAAGUGCAGCCGCGUCACAGAUUCAUCUGCUCAUCCUGUUCACGGCAUCACAAAUUCCAAAACACGAUUGGAAAUGGCUUUCAUGGGGAUGCGAAUCACAAGUCUUCCUGUCUUUGCAAAUCUGCAUUACAACUCCGGUGUGGCUACGUUUUUACUCAGGAUAUCGUCGACCCGUUCUUUAGCGCAUUUGAAGUGCCGGUCCGCGACUUGAGCGCCGGUGCCGGGACAGUGCGUCCAGGGUUUGCCCGCAGUGAUUUGUUCGCCCGCGCGGUCGUCAUGCCACCCCACCCCACGGCCGGUGUUCGGGUUGACAACGCGAAUCACGUUAAAGGACCGACAGGUCUCGCAGUACCACCCGACGGAGGUGUGCGGCUUCGUCUCUAUCGUACGAAAAGAGUGUUUCACUGUAAGGGUUUUAUUGCAAGUUUUGCAUCACAAGUUUCUUCUACAUCGAUCACAGAGAAAAUUUGCCAUGCGAGACUCCUAAGGGAAAGCACAGCUAAACAUCCAUUGUCAUCUUCCAUGUGUAGCAAGACAAACACUUCUGAGUUCUCUUCUGACAUACAUUUUCUGCAUUACAAGUUCACAGAGAAACAGUUUUUUCUUCGUGAUAGUCUCCUCCGUCCGGCCAAUGUCCAGCGGGAGGGCGUUAUGGAUCUGUCAGGAUUGAAAUCGUCAAAGUUGAAAUAAUUUGUCAUGCACAAAAUGCAAGGCAUGAAAUGCCUGUCUUGCCGGGAUGGCAAGUGAGGCAGAUUGUCAGCCAAUUUAGGGUUUGGGAUAGAGCUGCUAAAGGAGCAUGACAAAAGCAGUCUUCUGUGCUCAAACAGCGUGACAAAUUGGAUUCCGGUGCUCCGAAAAUUUGUCAUGCGCCGCUUAGAAAUUGGUCUUCCAACUGGUGUCCAUUUUAUGCGUGGCAAAUCAUUUCAACUUUGUCGAUUUCAAACCUGACGCUUCCAUAGGCGUGGGCGGUCCUUCGGACGAUGUCACCUGGCUGGAUGUAUUAUCGUAAGGAAAAAUCCUCCCUCCCCAUACCAAAACGGAGAUUUGUGUAGCAUGAUCUGCUACCACAAGUCAUAUUGUCAUGCUAGAAGGCAAAAGAUGCGGACUGUAGUGCUGGCUGGCGUGGGAAAACCUUGCACCUUCAGCAUCACAGGAGGUCGCUGUAAGUGAGAAACAGCAUGACAAAUCGCCUACGAUUUAGGCCGCAACUGCGUCUCUUUGCCUUCUAGCAAUACAAGUCGAUUUGUGUACGCAAAUCCAGCAUCACAAAUGUCCUUUUCAAUAUGGGGAGGGGGGAUUUUUCCUCACAAUAUGUAUGCAGCCG